AGGCACAGAUUCAGAUACAAAUGAGAUACAAAGCCGAGCUCACGACGACAGCUCGAAACCCGAAACGCUUGGCCCGAAAAUUUUAGCACUUCUUUUUAAAUUUUUGUGCAAUCUCGGGUUUUUUGUUAGUUGUCUAUUGGAGUUCGCAGUGUUUGAAUCGUUUGUUGACCGGGUCCGGUUCGAUCAUCGUGUGAUAAGGAUAUACAUAAUAUAUUCGUAUUUGAAAGUGGACCGUGAACUAUCGGAGCCCAUAGACAUAAGAGACUCUGCAGAAAAUGUCCUCAAAAGUGAUUUCCUCUCUGAUGGCCGAGAGCAUCCUGCUCUCAAAAACGGCCCAAGUGAUCUCCGGUUACUCCCCGAUUACGAUAUUCCUAGCAGCCUCCGUGAUUAUAUUUUUGGUGGUCUAUAACAAACGGCGAUCUCGUCUGGUGAAGCAUAUCGAAAAGAUCCCUGGACCGGCAGCUAUGCCCUUUCUGGGCAAUGCCAUUGAAAUGAAUGUAGAUCAUGACGAGCUCUUCAAUCGAGUCAUCGGCAUGCAGAAAUUGUGGGGCACGCGAAUCGGUAUCAAUCGAGUUUGGCAAGGAACCGCACCACGAGUUCUUCUCUUCGAGCCCGAAACUGUGGAGCCCAUUCUGAACAGCCAGAAGUAUGUAAACAAGAGCCACGAUUACGACUAUCUGCAUCCUUGGCUGGGCGAGGGUCUUCUGACCAGCACCGAUCGCAAAUGGCAUUCCCGCAGGAAGAUUCUAACACCUGCAUUCCACUUCAAAAUCUUGGACGACUUCAUUGACGUCUUCAAUGAGCAGAGCGCUGUUUUGGCAAGAAAAUUGGCCGUCGAGGUGGGCAGCGAGGCGUUCAACCUGUUCCCAUACGUCACGCUCUGCACUUUGGACAUUGUCUGCGAGACCGCCAUGGGUCGCAGAAUCUAUGCCCAGAGCAACAGCGAGUCGGAAUACGUAAAGGCGGUCUAUGGCAUCGGUUCCAUUGUCCAGAGUCGUCAGGCCAAGAUUUGGCUGCAAAGUGAUCUCAUUUUCCGGUUGACUUCGGACUACAAACUUCACCAGAGUUAUAUAAAUACUCUGCACGGAUUUUCCAACAUGGUCAUCCGAGAACGUAAAGCUGAACUCGCCAUUCUUCAGGAAAAUAACAACAAUAACAACAAUGAUGCCCCCGAUGCCUAUGAUGACUUGGGCAAAAAGAAGCGUCUGGCAUUCCUUGACCUUUUGAUCGACGCCUCCAAGGAAGGCACUGUGCUAUCGAAUGAAGACAUUCGCGAGGAAGUGGAUACCUUUAUGUUCGAGGGACAUGACACCACUUCAGCUGCCAUUUCAUGGACCCUCUUUUUGCUGGGCUGCCAUCCAGAGUACCAGGAACGUGUGGUUGAAGAGCUAGACUCUAUCUUUGGCGAUGACAAGGAGACUCCGGCCAGCAUGAAAAAUCUCCUGGACAUGCGUUACUUGGAGUGCUGCAUCAAGGACUCGCUUCGCCUUUUCCCCAGUGUACCGAUGAUGGCUCGUAUGGUGGGCGAGGAUGUGAAUAUUGGUGGCAAGCUUGUGCCAGCUGGAACACAGGCGAUUAUUAUGACCUAUGCCCUGCACCGCAACCCGCGCGUCUUUCCCAAACCAGAGCAGUUCAAUCCGGACAACUUCCUGCCAGAGAACUGCGCCGGACGCCAUCCCUUCGCCUAUAUUCCGUUCAGUGCCGGACCUCGUAACUGCAUUGGCCAGAAGUUCGCCAUCCUGGAGGAGAAAGCUGUGAUCUCUACUGUAUUGCGAAAGUACAAGAUCGAAGCCGUUGACCGACGGGAGGACCUCACGCUUCUGGGCGAACUUAUCCUUCGUCCCAAGGACGGCCUCCGGGUGAAGAUCACGCCCCGUGAUUGAGAAGCUUAUCCCUCAGAACGGGAGGGAUAAUUCAAUUCGAUCCAAAGUGCAUAUAAUGUAAAUAAUUAGAAUUAACCGGACAGCAUAGCGAUAGAGACUAGUUUAUGUUAAACUUUGUAACCGAUGUAAUAUUCAUAAGCUUAAGAAUGAAAUUGAUUAAAUUUGUUUAUAUAACCAAACAUAUUUUGUUAGUUCAAAUCACCAAUAUAAAAGUGCAUAAAAUUUGCAAGAAAACUGAAUAACAAUAGAUAGCCCAAACAGAAAAGAAUCAGUUUCUUCAAUCCGUAAGGCAUAUCAAUAAAGUCUGAAAUAAAUCCUUA